UUUAACAGUAGAGACGGGAACGUGCUUGUGUGUUGUGAUACUAGGUGAGCCGGAGCACCGCUAUUAUAUUUGUGUUAAUAGAGUUAAAUCCUCACACCGGGUCAAAGGCGUUUGUGAGCCCGUUGGCUGUGUUAGCUCGGAACACCACAAAAGACAAAUGAUACGAUGGAAAAUUUGGAAGUGAACCUGUCAUCCCUGGGAACCAUAUCCAGACAUGUUGACAAAAGUCACAACCAACUCGGCCAGUAUUUGUCCAAACAGAUAUGGAAUCAGCAGGACCGACAGUGUAUUCUGGACUACUUAGCUCAGCUACUACUGGAGAAGGAUUACACUCUGCUGAUUGCACGACACAUGCGACCGCUGGUCUUGGAUCUGCUGGAACGCAACGCUGAGAGGGUCAGAGCCGGUGGCAGGAUCAACCAUGACCUCCACGAGCGCCUGUGUGUUGCCCUUAGCAAACUCCUCGGCAUCAGUCGGGAUGCACAGGCGUUUGCUGCGAGGUACUUUGACAAUGCCCCCCCGGUCUUUCAGAGGCUCUUUUUCACCAGUGAAGAGUCGGCAUCCGUCCAUUACGGCCCCCGGAGGAUGAAACUACGGGACCUCAUGGGCGCUACGCUACGUUUCCUUCAGAGCGAUUGUGCAAAGUUCCGUGUUCUGUGGGACUGGAGUCCCUGUGUUUCCCAGCUACUCACCAGCGACGUCAUGGUUCGGGGGUACACUGCCCAGUGUUUAGCACUGGUCUCCCACAUGACUGAUAAUCAGAAAACCAUAUUUAUGAGAAAGGUGUUGACAAGUGAUGAGAUCCUGCAUAUGAAAAUAAAAGCUUUAGAGGAAACUCAGCAGCUGGAAGUAGAAAAAGCCCUGGUGUUGGCCAAUCAGGGCUCUGCAAUGUGGCGCCAGGAGAAAGCUAAUCGGUUUACCAAGGGCCAGAUAGUGUCUGAAGACCUGUCCCCUAGUGUGGUGGCCGUCUGUGGGGUGGUUCUGCCCACAGUAGUUCCACGGCAGUCUGAACAGUGGAACCAAAAUGAUGUGGUGCUGGUGGAGUCAACAUGCCGUAACCUGAGGAGGCUGGCCUUGGCUGUGGCAUCCCAGAAGCCUGUGCUUUUAGAGGGUCCUAUUGGUUGUGGUAAAACCGCUCUUGUGGAGUUCAUGGCUGCUGUGACUGGACACACAAAAACAACGCGAAUCCUCAAGGUUCAGCUGGGUGAUCAGACUGACAGUAAGUUGCUGCUGGGUAUGUAUCGGUGCACGGAUAUACCUGGGAAGUUUGUGUGGCAGCCAGGAACACUCACACAAGCUGUGUCUAAAGGCCAAUGGAUUCUUUUGGAAGACAUUGAUCAUGCACCUCUGGAUGUGAUAUCUGCUCUUCUUCCUCUGAUGGAGAAUAAAAAGCUAAUGAUUCCAGGACGUGAGGACUGCAUCGAUGUUGCUCCAGGAUUUCAGUUCUUUGCAACAAGAAGGAUGUACUACAGUGGUGGCAGUUGGCACAAACCACACAACAGUCAUGCUGCACUGCUGGACAAAUACUGGACCAAGUUACAAAUGGGCAACAUGACACGAGAAGAGCUGAAGAAGGUGCUCAUCAGCAGAUAUCCCAUGUUGGCGGCGGUCACUGACCGUCUCCUGGAUAUUUAUUGUCAGCUGACUGGUGGGGGACACUCUGAUCCAGACACCAGCAGCCCCCAUCACUGCAGUGACGGCCAGCAGCCCCCAUCUGAGGACAGAAACUGCCCCCUUGAGGGGAGGGCGCUGUCGCUGAGAGACUUAUUGAAAUGGUGUGAGCGCAUCAGUGCCAACUUUGACAGCACAUCUUCAGCCACAGCACAGAACGUCUUCCAAGAGGCUCUUGACUGCUUUACAUCAAUGUUGUCUAAUCCUGAGAGUCGACUGAGAAUGGCUGAAAUUAUUGGCAGCAAGCUCAACAUCUCUAAAGAGAAGGCCCAGUACUUCUGCCAGAUGUAUCAGCCAGGCAUCUCUGUGACAGACCUGGAGGUUUCAGUGGGCAGAGUGACACUGAGUCGAAAACAGACUGAAGCCGUCCAACUGAGUGGGAAUAACCAGACGUUUGCAGCCACUCGUCCUUCUGCUGUGCUGCUGGAACAGUUAGCUGUUUGUGUGGACAAAGGAGAAGCCGUUUUACUGGUGGGAGAGACCGGAACUGGAAAGACCUCCACUGUACAACACCUGGCUGCUGUCACAGGACACCGGUUACGGGUUGUGAACAUGAACCAACAGAGUGACACUGCUGACCUGCUUGGAGGGUAUAAGCCAGUUGACCAUAAACAGAUCCUGCUCCCGCUGCGGGAGGCCUUUGAGGACCUGUUCUCUCAGACGUACUCCAGGAAGCAGAACCUGACUUUCCUUGGCCAUGUGCAGACGCUUCAGGGGAAACGCUGGCAGGAUCUGCUGAAACUCAUGGACCACGUGUGCAAGUCAGCCCUAACAAAGGAGUUACAGGAGAAAUCCAAAGCCACAUUGCUGCAGCAGCAGUGGGAGGCCCUCGCUGCCAAACUGAGUCAGACCCAACAACAGAUCCGAGCUUGUGAGACCACCAUGGUCUUUGCUUUUGUGGAGGGAACUUUAGCUCAGGCAGUGAAGAAAGGCCACUGGAUCGUACUGGAUGAGAUCAACCUGGCAUCAGCAGAGACUCUGGAAUGUCUGAGUGGACUCCUGGAGGGGCACGCUGGAUCUCUGGUGCUAUUGGACAGAGGGGAUAAUGAGCCACUAAUCCGUCAUCCAGACUUCCGUCUCUUUGCCUGCAUGAACCCAGCCACUGAUGUGGGAAAAAGAAACCUACCUCUGGGCCUUAGGAACAGGUUUACAGAGAUGUAUGUGGAGGAGCUGGAGAAUGAGGGAGACCUGCGUAUCCUGGUUUCAGACUACCUCAGAUGUUUGAAUCCAAACAGGAGUGUCAUCAGUGGCAUCAUAAGUUUUUACCUGGCAGUGCGUAAGGAAGCCACUUCACGUCUGGUGGAUGGGACCGGACACAGGCCUCAUUACAGUCUGCGAACUCUGUGUAGAGCUCUGAAGUACAUUGGUAAACCCUGCAGCAGCUCCAGCGGUCCGCUUUAUGAGGGCUUCUGCCUGAGCUUCCUCACACAGUUGGACAGAAACUCUCACCCUCUGGUCCAGAAACUGGUGUGUCAACACAUCCAUGGGAAUAUCAAGUGUCUCAAACAGGCCAUCCCCAGCGCCUCAGGCCGGACCUGUGUCGAGGUGGAGGGCUACUGGGUGUCCCAGGGAGACAUGGAACCCGCCCUGGACCCUGCCUAUAUCCUCACCACAUCUGUAAAACUGAACCUCGUGGACCUUGCUAGAGUGGUAUCUGCAGGGACUCACCCGGUGCUUAUUCAGGGGGAGACGUCUGUGGGAAGGACCAGUCUGAUCCGAUGGUUGGCUGCAGCCACAGGAACAUGUGUCCGGAUCAACAACCACGAGCACACUGACAUCCAGGAGUACGUUGGCUGUUACCUCGUCAGACGACAGGGGCAAACUGGUGUUCAAGAGGGUGUUCUGAUUGAUGCCAUGAGGAAAGGUUACUGGAUCAUCCUGGAUGAGCUGAACCUGGCCCCCACUGAUGUCCUGGAGGCUCUGAACCGGCUGCUGGACGACAACCGGGAGCUGUUUGUGGCUGAGACACAGGAAGUCAUCAAGGCUCACCCCAGAUUCAUGCUGUUCGCUACCCAGAACCCCCCUGGUCUUUACGGUGGUAGAAAGGUUCUCUCCAGGGCUUUCAGGAACCGGUUUGUGGAGCUGCACUUCGAUGAGCUGCCCAGCGCUGAGCUGGAGACCAUUCUCCACCAGAGGUGUAGUCUACCUCCGUCCUACUGCACCAAACUGGUCAAAGUCAUGCUGGAUCUGCAGUCCUUACGCAGAGGGUCUUCAGUGUUUGCGGGGAAACAUGGCUUCAUUACUCUCAGAGACCUGUUCCGCUGGGCUGACCGCUACCGGCUGCAGGAACAGACUCAGGCCUCUCAGGACUGGCUUCAACAUCUGGCCGAUGAUGGCUAUAUGCUGUUGGUAGGACGUGUACGCAAACCAGAGGAGGAAGCCACCAUCCUCUCCAUCUUGGAGAAACACUUCAAGCGGACCGUUCAGCCAGAAAACCUGUUCUGUCAGAAACAGGUUACCAGCCAGUUCAGUCCCUUUAUUGACAGUAUUGCUGGAGUCCCUGAUGAGUUUCGACAUGUGGUGUGGACACAUGCCAUGAGGAGACUGGCUGUACUGGUGGGUCGGGCUCUGAGGUUUGGAGAGUCUGUCCUGCUUGUUGGAGACACUGGAUGUGGAAAGACGACCAUCUGCCAGCUGUUUGCUGCUUUGGCUGGACAGAGGUUUUUCUCGGUGAACUGUCACCUCCACAUGGAGACGUCGGACUUCCUUGGAGGCCUUCGACCAGUCAGACACACAAACCAGACUGAGGAGGAUACCAGGCUGUUUCAGUGGCAUGAUGGACCUCUGGUUCUAGCCAUGAAGGAGGGAGGAGUGUUCCUCAUGGAUGAGAUCUCUCUGGCCGAUGACUCUGUGCUUGAGAGACUCAACAGUGUUCUUGAGACCGAGAAGUCACUUGUUCUGGCAGAAAAAGGCAGUGGAGACGAUGACGACGUAGAACUGCUGAGAGCGGCUCCAGGAUUCCGUUUGGUUGCCACCAUGAACCCUGGAGGAGACUUUGGCAAGAAGGAGCUUUCUCCAGCCCUCAGAAACCGUUUCACUGAGAUCUGGUGUCCUCAGAGUAACAGUCGUAGUGACCUGGUUCAGAUCAUCCAACACAACCUAAGAUCAGGCCUCUCCCUUGACGGUGGUGAUGUGGCCGAGCUUAUGCUGGAUUUCAUUGAGUGGUUGACCCAGCAGGAGUUUGGCCGGCGCUGCAUCCUGAGUGUCAGAGACAUCCUGUCAUGGGUUAACUUCCUGAAUGCUGUGUGUGAGCGGGAUGAGGAUGGCUUCAUGACCAUGGGGUCCCUGGAGGAUGAGGAGGAGGCAGAGUGGGACCUGAGACUGGACACAGUCACCGCCUUUGUCCACGCUGCCUGUCUGGUCUACAUUGACGGCAUUGGCUCAGGAACCACUGUGUCCAGUGCAGACAAUGCCCUUCAUGCUCGUAGACUGUGUCUGCGAUUUCUACAGCAGAGGCUCAGUAAAAUGACAAAGCUGGACCAGGAAGUUCUGGAUGCUCUGAGAGUCUAUGACACCAGCCUGACCCGGGAACCACAGUGGGGCAAUGACUUCUUUGGCAUUGACCCUUUCUACAUAGCCUUAGGGCCUCAAACUGAGAGCCGAAACCUGUGCGAUUACGCCAUAGCAGCAGGUACCACAGCGGUGAAUGCACAGAGGCUUCUACGUGCCCUCAAGCUGCAGAGACCUGUCCUGCUGGAGGGGUCGCCGGGUGUGGGAAAGACCAGCCUGGUGGCAGCUUUGGCAAAAGCUUCAGGGAACCAUCUUGUCAGAAUCAACCUAUCAGAACAAACGGAUGUCACCGACCUGUUCGGGACUGAUCUUCCAGUGGAAGGAGGGAAGGGUGGAGAGUUUGCAUGGCGUGAUGGUCCCCUUUUAGCAGCAUUGAAGGAGGGCCACUGGGUCGUCCUAGAUGAGCUGAACCUGGCCUCCCAGUCGGUGUUGGAAGGCCUGAACGCUUGCUUCGACCACAGAGCAGAGAUCUAUAUUCCUGAACUGAGCAUGAGCUUCCAGGUUCAACAUGAGAAAACCAAGAUUUUUGGCUGCCAGAACCCCUUCACUCAAGGCGGGGGCCGUAAAGGCCUUCCUAAAUCUUUCCUGAACAGAUUCACACAGGUGUUUGUGGACCAGCUCACCAGUACAGACAUGGAGUUCAUCGGAGACUCCAUUUUCCCAACAAUCGACAAAGAAAUCAUUGCUAAGAUGGUGGAGUUCAGUACCAGGCUGGUUCAGGACAUCAGUGUGGAACGGCGCUGGGGUCAGAGGGGAAGCCCCUGGGAGUUCAACCUGCGGGACAUGUUCCGCUGGUGUCAGCUGAUGCAGGCUGACCAAUCACCAGGGUUUUUGAACCCAGGCCAACAUGUGGCCUUGGUGUAUGCUGACAGGAUGAGGACUGAGGCCGACAAGGCUCAGGUGUUGUCCGUGUUCAGGAAGGUGUUUGGGGAGGACUUUGAACCAUACACCGGUUCCAGACAGUUCCACAUCACCCCACUCAACCUGCAGGUGGGCUUUUCAGUCCUGCAACGCAGCGGUGGAGCCCCCAUCCAUCUGGAUCCACCUCUGUCCAUUACACACCAGGCCCUGCAUCCCCUGGAGUCUCUAAUGAAGUGUGUGGAGAUGGGCUGGAUGAGCAUCCUGGUGGGGCCCACAGCCAGUGGAAAGACCAGCUUAGUGCGACUGCUGGCAUUGCUGACAGGACACCGUCUCAGGGUCAUGGCCAUGAACAGCGCCAUGGACACCACUGAACUGCUGGGAGGCUUCGAACAGGUGGAUAUCAUGCGGCCCUGGCAACAAGUGCUAGAGAGUGUGGACUACAUAGUUGCCAUGGUAAUAAGGCGUGGCCUGAUGUCGUUGGAUGUUGGAAUCCAGGACACAGAGUUCCUGCUGCAGACAUGGGGUUUGUUCUGCCAUUGGUUAAAGGAGGAAGGCCUGCAGAGAAAUGGAGGGACAGUGAACUCAGAGGCUCUGAAUAAACUGGAGGUCAUCAUUCUACUGCUGCAGAAACUCAACACCAAGCUCAAAGUGUUCACUGAUAUGUCCAAGCUGCAGAUGGACUUCACCCUUCUGAAGGAGCGUCUGGCCCAACUGGAGGAUGGCUGGACUAACGGAGGCUUUGAGUGGUUGGAUGGGAUGCUGGUUCAGGCCCUGCAGGCUGGAGACUGGCUCCUCAUGGACAAUGUCAACUUCUGCAGUGCCUCUGUCCUGGAUCGCCUCAAUGCUCUGCUGGAGCCCAGUGGAUCUCUCACCAUCAACGAACGUGGUGUCAUUGAUGGGAAGACCCCCAAAAUCAAACCACAUCCAAACUUUAGGCUGUUUUUGACCAUGGACCCUGUACAUGGAGAGCUGUCUAGAGCCAUGAGGAACCGAGGGGUGGAAGUUUACAUCCCAGGAGAGCAUGAAGGGGUCUGCUGGGACUCACUGGACCUGAAGACCCUGCUUCACACUGCGGGGGUAACAGGGGACUGUGUGUGUGACCUGCUCAUUGAAAUCCACAAAAGCAUCAAAUCCACUCUCUGGGACUCUCCUGCGUCAUCGGUGGUUUCCCUCUUUCACGCCGCUGCCCUGUUGUCAUGCCAACUGCAGAGAGGGGUGGAUUUACCAAGUGCUCUGCAACAUGCCUGUGGAGAGGCAUAUUCUCUCUGCCAACGCACCACUGUCAACCAGAAGCAAACACAGCAGAUCAUCGAGCAGCACUUGUCUGUCCUGGACACAGAAGACUGGGGGAACAGUCUGCUGUGUGCUGGGGUUUGGCCUGAUGGAUUCCCCUCCGCCCUCCUUUCCGCUGAAGAUUCCUGCUUCUCCACUGUCCUCCGAGAUGGACAGGUCCUCUCAUUUUGUCUGAACACUCUAAGCCUACAGGGCACACGGAAUCGUCCACUGAGUCUGAGCGACCUGCAGAGAGCAUUGCAGAGCAGCAGUGUCCACGACAGCCUGGUGUUCUCUGGGGGGGUGGUGGAUCUAGAGGAUGGAGAUGCCUUGAGGCUCAUCCCCACUGCAGUCCGACUCCUGACAGAGAAAGCCUCCCAUGGAGACUGGUUUCACCGCAGCAGCUGGCUCUCUCACCUGGGGAAGAGCUACAAACAUGUGCCAGAUUCAGCACUGGUGCAGGUGGAGGCUGGAAAUCAGGCCCUGAAGGCUGUAUUUGGCAGUAAACUGUCUGCAAAGGGCAAGUCACUCGCAGAGCUGCUGCAGCCACACAGCAUCGAUGAGUACAGGAUUCUAGUGGACAUGCGCUGGAACAAACAGUAUCUGGAUAUUUUAGCUAACAAGUGCAACUUUGAGGAUGAGGAAAGAUACACAGAGUUUGUGGAGGCCCUGAACGCUGUAGCCAACAGGAUUGUCCUGAUGAUGGACAGAGAGGAAAGGUCUGUCAUCAGCUCCUGUGCUACUAACCUUUCUGCUCAGAACAGCGCACUGAGAAUAGCCACAGCCUUCAGUAAAGGGACUGUGGAUGUAGGUCACCUGCCUCACCCAGUGCUGAUACACCUGAGGACGUUCUUUGACCUGUUGGACUUGUUCAUCAUUCAGGCCAUUCAGAGUGGACAGCCCUAUAUCUCAGACCACAUCAUGUUUGAGAUCCUGCAGCUGCUGCAGUGGCGUGAUCGGUUCUGGGAUGUAUGUAGUUUGUUGCCUGCUGACUCUCAGGGCAUCUCUGUGCUGUCACUGCACUGGCAGUGGGUCCAGAAACACCUCAUCCUCAGGCUUCCACAGCUGCUACUGGGAGACGCUGACGUCACAUUCGAAGGACACCAGGAACUCCAGUCCGUCUCAGCAGCCAUCCAGACCAUCCUGUCCACCCCGAUGUCUAUGGCCACAGCUCUCAAAGGCAUCCAGAAGACUUUGGGCAAACCUCUGCCAUUUAAGCUGGAGUCGGUGGCUGAAUGUGCCUCUCGCCUCCAUCUCUUGAGCAAAGCUUUGGAUGUUGCUGAUCUCAGGCUUGAUGGCACCACCAGUUCUUGGAGGCAGGAGCUGAUCCGCCUUCAGAGUGCAGGACUUGGGUUAGAGAUCAAGGAGAGUCUUCUGGAAGCAUGGGGCCUCGUUCUGCUGGCUAACAACCAGGUUGACCCUCAGAAGUCUGGCGUGCUGGAGAAGCUGGUGUUAUGUGUGGAGCAGCAGCAGAGUCACAUGACCUCCAGAGGUCUCCUGGAGGUCAGCCCAUUGGGUAAUGAGGCUGGAGGAGACAUUUGCCUGAGCAGAAAGGAGCUGCAGCAGCUCAGUCGCAGGGUUCAGCUGUGGCCCGCCAUGGAGGAACUGGCCCUACUCAAUCAGCUGAGACUCACUACUGACCUGCUGCACAUGGCUUUGUGUCCAAGUGACCAGGAGGUUGAGGACAGCUUGCGUCGGGAACUUUCCAGACACCUUCGCUACUGUCUUCAGUCAACACCGAUGAACGUCAGUCAGCUCCAGCCACUGUGGUUCCUGCUCAGCAGUGACAGGCUGGUGGAGGAUCUUCAGCUCGUGUGGUGUGAACUGCUCUCUGAGGCGCUCGCUGCAUUCUGGACAAGCAGUGUAACCUCUGAUCCUGAUCGCUGGCUGAAAUGGGACCCGGUGAAUCCUGAGAGUCAGCUGGUUCCAAAGAUGUCCCAUGAAGCAGAUACUGUGGGUCCAGCGCCACUGAGUAAAGCACUGUGGUCCCGCUGCAUUCUGGGAGUCCUCAGCAGCAGUGACACUGGGGGCCAAUGGGACCCAUCAGGCCUGAGCCUCCUCUCCUCCUCCCAUGUGACCCUGGGGGAAUGGAAGGAGAGGAUCCAGCAGCUACAGGAUGUGUCUGCUUUGCUGUGGGACAACAUGGCCCUGCCUGCGCUGGCUGACUUCAGAUGGACAGAUUUCAGGCUGCAGGGUGUGGUCCUUCGUCGGCAGCUCCAGAGCAUGGCUGAUCUGCUGCCUCCAAGCCUCCAGGAGGGCUACAUGGAGAGCUGUGAGAGCCUGGUGCAAGACCCUGACCCCCUGAUAGCGGCGCAGGAGAUUCAGACAGUUUUCAGAGACUUCCUUCCUCUUAAACUGCUCCCUGAUGGGCUGGUGGAGGCUUGCAUCACCUGCCUCCAGCAAUACGUCCAGAACAAGGUGCAAGGCUCCAACCUGCUGGCCCGAUCAGCAGUGUUCUGGGUUAACAUGGGUCUGCUACAAAUCAAAGUAUGGACUCCACAGACCAUCUUUGACCCAGCAGUGAAGAGAGCCUACAAACUGAACUACGCUCAGCAGGAGCUGGCUCUUCUGCAGGAGGAGUGGAGGGGACGGAGCCUGUCAUCUCAGCUGAUGACUGGAGCAGAGCUGGAGGAAAGCAGCACCACAGAUGGGUUACAGCAUCCUCGAAUCAGAUAUCUGUGGAUCCGGAUGCAGCUGGUCAAGGAGCAAAUAGCUGAACUCUCCAGAAAACAGGCCUGUCGCCCUCACGAGCCCCAGUAUGGACGGCUCUUCCAGGAGCUGCAGCACUACUUGUGCAGCAUUGGACAGGCCUCAGUGGUUCAAGAUCUGCUGUCCCACCUGUUGAAAGCCCUGCAGGGUUCUGGGUCCAAAUCCAGAUCUGCUGUCCAGGGCCUGCUGAAGGAAGAGUCGGUGUGGCAGAACUCUCAGCAGCGGUUCUGCCAGAGGCUGCUGGAGGACUACCGCCUGUACCCAGAUGUUGUCGGCCCUGUGCGGACCGGCAUCCUGCAGCUGCGGUUCGGUAUGCGGCUGCUGGCGUCUCAGGUGGCAGCAGGUCUGAUGCCUGUACCUGGCCUGCCUAAGCUGGUAUCUUGCCUGCUCGCCUUCCCCUCUCUGUCCCCCCACCUGCCCACCUACUUGGCCCGGGCUGAUUUCCUCUGCUCCAGGACUUGUAUGGAUGUUCUGCAGGGCCUGGUGAAGCUUCUACCCCAGCAGGACUCUGGGCCCGUGGUCCCCCAGUCAUCCUCUCUACUCCUGAAUGCCCUGCUGUAUGUGCAGUGUCAUGUACUGAAUACAGGAAUGUUUACUGAUGAAGCCCGCAGCCUCUUUCGACACAUCUGUCAGGCUCUGGUGAAUGAGUGGGAUGAGCAGGAGAAACAACGGCGAGAGCGUGAACAGCUUGAGUCCAGUCUGUACCACAACCGCAGCCAACUACACGGAUCAGGACUCACCGAAGAUGAGCAGGAGGAACGGGAAUUCAGAUGCCGGUUCCCACAGUUCAACAAGGACUUUGCAGACAUCACAUCCCAGCCAAGCCUGGAGGGCCCAGCAGACUCUGGGCCUAUGGAAGAGAAACACCAGGCCCAGGAGGAGUCCUGUGAGACUAGCACUCUGUCCCAGACUGCCAUGAACACGGUGGUCCAGGUGCAUCAGAACCUUUGUCUGGGUUAUUCUCACUCACUAUGGUAUCACAGCACAGCACCAACCAAUCACAGCAAAGAACAUAUCAAAGCCCUGGUCUCGUCCUAUCAGAUCGCUGUUCCUGUAAUGUCACGCUUCUAUCACCUGGUUGACUCAGAACUGGACCAACAGCUGAUGGGCAGUGAACUGCUGCUGUCCACCCUCUUGCAGAACACAGUCCAGGGUAGGGGUCCUCAUGGUCUGACCUUGUCCUCAGAGGGUCCAUAUGACUUCUACCAGCAUCCCAAACAGAACCAGGCCCGCCUCUGUCUGCCCGUCCUGGAGCAGCUCCAUGUGGGGAAGCAGAGGUUGGACAGCUGGCCGGACCACCCAGCCACUGUCCAGCUGACUGUGGUUAUAGACCGGAUCAUGGAUUUCAGUCUUGCCAGCCCAGUGGCCAAGUUCCUUAGUGGUUUGGAGAUUCUGCUCAGUAAGGCUCAGGACUGGGAGAAUAACGCCAGCCGCUCAGUGUCUCUGAAGAAGGAACUGGAAUCAGUUUCCCAGCUCAUUAUCCACUGGCGCAAACUGGAGCUCAGCUGUUGGUCAAGCAGUUUGGACAACACGAUGAAACAACUCACUGAGAAGUCCACCAAACAUUGGUUCUCUCUGUACCAGCUGAUAGAACGAUACCUGGAGGAACAGACAAGGGAAGACAAUACAGGUGAGGAGACAGAGCCCCUGUCACUGUCCACAGUGUCCUCCACCCUUCAGGCCUUCAUGGAGGGGUCCACACUGGCCGAGUUCCACAGCCGUCUGGCCAUGCUGCUGAUCUUCCACUGCCACCUGCUGCUGAUCCCAGAUCAGCCAGGACAAGAGCGUCUGUCCAGCCUGUUGUGGAACCUGCACAGAUAUUACAGUCAGUUCUCCGAAUGCAUCCACACCAAAAUUAGUCAGCUCAGACAACCUAUUGAGAAGGAGUUAAAGGACUUUGUAAAGAUCUGUAAGUGGAAUGAUGUCAGCUUUUGGUCCAUCAAACAGUCAGUGGAUAAGACACAUCGGACUCUGUUCAAGUUUAUGAGGAAGUUGGAGGAUGCUGUGACUGGGCCCAGUCUUCCUGCUUUGGUGGAACAGGGAAGUGCUGCAAAUGUGGACAGUGUGGAUGCCAACCCUGAGGAAACGCCCCUCCAUAGGGUUCACCGGGCUCUGAAGAAUACCACACUUGUGAAAGGCACAGACGUACAGAGUGAAGAUUCAGAGGAAGGAGUUGAGGCUUCUUCUCUGCUGGGACGUCUGCCUGCUCUGACCAGAAAGAUGAAGAAAAUAUGCUUCCAGCUGUUGAAGAAGAAUCCAACACCUGAGCUGACUGAAGACCUGGACUUCUUCACUGGUGAGGUGAUCAGUAAUCUGCGAGACCUGCAGAGUCUGAGUGUUGCCUCGUCGGCAGAGAAGGAGAAGCAGAAGGCAGAAGUCAAACACAUCCUGCAGCAGAAGCAGAGAGCUCUGUCCGACCUGUUCAAGAUGCUCUCAGAAAUAGGUCUGUCAUAUCGUAAAGGCCUGACAUGGCAGAGGACAGCUGAUGCAGAACAGACUCUGUGUGUGCAUCCUCUGGACAUGUCCACAGCUCUGUCUGCUGUCACCAACCAGGACACGGCUGAUCACAUAUUGUUUGCAGAGCUGUUGACAGCGUGGGAUGGAUGUCAGAAGUACUUCUACCGUUCUUGGGCCCGAAGAACAGCUUUACAGAGUGCUUUCCAACAUGCUGCCAAGGAGCUUGGCCUGGGGAACAUCGAGCGCUGUAAAGGUUUCUCCUCUCACCUGUUCAAAUUGCUGCUCAGACAGAGACAGCGAUUAGCAAAGAUCACUGAGCAAUGGGUUCGCCUCAGGUGUCUAACAGGCAGUGUGCAGAGUAUGAAGGGUCACCUCCAGAGCCCCAGGAUGGAUUCAGCCUGCCCCCUCCCUCCUCAGGCCUCUCUUCAGGCCUGGGUCAGCAGAGGUCAGGCUCUAGCAGCCCAGUGUUGCACUGUCCUGCAGCAGCUGGUCUGGAUGUUAGAGUGCUGUCCCGAGGACCUGCAGCAGAAGGAGGAGUCGGUCGGCUGCCGUCAGCACACCCUCAGAUGUCCAUCGCCUCUGGCUGUCCAGCGCCAACCCCCGGGCUGUCUGAUGAGGAGAGGAGACGCCUCCUGGAGCCAGCACAACCACAGUCUGACCACGAUGUUAAAGCAGACGCAGAAGCUGAAGGCAGAGCUGGACUCAGUGGCCCAGCAGGCCUCACAGGGAGUUCUGCACACAUGGAACCAUUUUGACGCCUGCUGUUCCUCUAUGGACCAGAUGGGGGCGGUGGUUGCUCAAAUGCGCAGUGUGGAGCAGCUCUUCAUUCUAUCCAUGAGUGAGGACAGCAGAGACAUCCAACCGGCCAUAACUCAGAGUCUGCAGUAUGUCCAACAACAAGUGGAGGCCGGCAUCACUGAAUUCACCACCUGGAGAACACAGCUGCUCUCACUGGGACAGCAGCACCAAGAGCCUCAGCCUGGUUUCUGUUCAGAAUUUUCUGCAGAACUGGAGACCAACAUCCACCACAGUGUGUAUGUGGCGCAGACGCUGGUAAAGAGAAGAGACAGGGAGCUUCAAAGAGACAAGACAGAGAGUGGAGAUGAGGAGGAGCAGGAGGAGAGUGAGGAGGCUACAGAGGACCUGCUGAAACCCGGUCACCUGACCCAUCUGCUGGAGGCGGAGCUAGAGGCCCAGGUGGAGGCUCUGCGUUUGGGAAAUGUGACUGCAGGACUGCAGACGCUGCUGAACCAGCUGAGGACUCAUAGAGACUCCCAGUCAGACGACACAUCUGCAGGUUCUAGAGUGCUGGUGCGUCUGGAGCCCCUGUUGGACAUUUACUCUGACCUAGUGCGCUACUUGGCUGUGUCACUGGGGGCCCACAGGACAACAGGAAAAUUGCUGUCUGUACUGGCCAACAUCACUGAGCUGGCUCAGAAGGGUUUCUGUUUACCACAGGAGCUGUUGGCUGGUGGUGACAGUGAAGCCACAGAGUUUCAUGACUAUGAGGGUGGUGGGAUGGGAGAAGGCGAGGGUGAAGAUGUCAGUGAUAAGAUUGAAAAUGAAGACCAGGUGGAGGACACAUUCCAGGAGGGUCAGGAAAAGGAAGAACAGCAGGACAAAGGGAAUAUCAAAGCUGAAGACGAUGCCAUUGAAAUGUCAGAAGACUUUGACGGCCAAAUGCACAAUGCAGACAACAAUGAACCAGGUGAGAAUGAAGAGACUGAUAAAGAGGAUGAUGAUGAACUCGACAAAAAGAUGGGCGACCUCGGUGAAGGUCAGACAGACACUCUGGAUGAGAGGAUGUGGGGAGAUGAUGAUGACGAUGAAGACGAGGAAAGAAGUGAUAAGGAGGAGGAGUCUGGACAGGGCAUGGACCAGGGUGAAUCUGAGCUGGUUGCCAACGAGGACAACUUGGAUGCUGCAGAUCCUAACAAAGACAAGAAAAACCAGGACAAAGAACAGCAGCUGGAUGAGGAGGACAAGGAGAAGAUCCAUGAGCAAGGCGAUGAGAGGGAGUUUGAUGAGAAUGAAGUGGACCCUUACCACUCUGAGCAAAAUAAAAGGCCUGAGCCUGAGACCAUGGAUCUGCCUGAGGACCUCAACCUGGACCAGGAGGAAGAGGCCGGAGACCAAGGGGAUGAAGAUGAGGAGAACCCAUUUGGCAUUGAUGAAAAAACUAUGAACAUGGAUGAAAAGGAGGACAGACAGGAAGAUGGAGAGGAAGAGGCGGACAGAACAGAGGAGAUGGAGCAAGAACCGACAGAUCAAUCAGGAGAUGAGAAGGAACCGGAGAAUAGAUCUGGAGAGGAGGAGGAAGAGGAGGGAGGAGAGAAAGGAGAGGAGGAGUCAGCAGAGAAAGGCCAAGAGGAGGAGCAGGAGGAGAAGGAAGGAAAGGACAGAGGACAGGAGGAUAGGACAGACCAGGACCUGACUGUUCCAUGUGAUGAAGGACCCAAACCAAAGGAGGAUGAAGGAACAGGUGAGGAGGAAGAGGAGUCAACGGAGAGGAAGGAGCACGACCCCACAGGUCAGACCGGAGAUGAGAAUGUUCAGAGUGACACAGCAGUGGAGGUGGCAGGAGAGGCAUCUGAGAGAGACCAGGCAAAAGAGGAACAUGGCAGUGGAGCUGCUGAUGCCAGCCAAUCAGAAGGUCACCAGUCAAAGAUGACUGCAAGGAUGGCCUUACAGAGGCAGACGGACAGGAGGACCCAGAGCUAUAAGAGAAAGCCUGGUCAGGCAGACGACAACCGCUCCAUGGGUGAUAACAACCAACACAUCAACAAGCGUCUGAGGACUGUGGAAAACUCCAGAGACCAGGCAGAGGACAGCAGGCCGAGCGAUGGCCAGCAGGAGUCAGACUUGUAUGAGCACAUAGAGCAGGGAGAGAGCACUUAUGAUGCCCAGACGUACGAUGUGGCCAGUGCAGACCAGCAGAAAGCAGCAGGACCUCAGCAGAGCCAGGACAGUGAGGACCAUGAGGAUGUUACCAUGGAAACAGAGGACCAAGAGGAAGUUGAGGUGUCUGAGGUGCAGGAGCUGAAGCCUGACCAUCUGGACUCCACAAAGGCCUCUGAGAAAGGUGUGGACAGUGGAGAAACAGAAGUCCAGAUGCAAGGAGAGGCUGAGGACAAGGAGGACAAAUGGAAGGACAGACAACAUGACAAAUAUGAAGAGUGUGCAGACAGAAGCACAGAGUCAACCAUUCACACUGUACCUGAGCUGCUGUUGGACACCUCACUGACCCAGAGAGCAGCGCAAGAUCCAGACGAGAUCCGGAGGGAAAUGGAGCUGCAGCUGGAGGCCUGGCAUAAACUGCCUCCAGGAACUCAGGAAGAGGAGGGGGCAGCAGCCUCCAUGUGGCACCAGUACCAAGCCCUGACCUCAGCACUGUCACAGCAGCUGUGUGAGCAGCUCCGUCUCAUCCUGGAGCCCACGCAGGCUGCCAAACUCAGAGGAGACUACCGCACAGGGAAACGCCUCAACAUGAGGAAGGUGAUCCCAUACAUCGCUAGCCAGUUCCGCAAAGACAAGAUCUGGCUGAGGAGGACCAAGCCCAGUAAGAGAGAGUACCAGAUCUGUCUGGCUGUGGAUGACUCAUCCAGUAUGGUGGACAAUCACUCCAAACAGCUGGCGUUUGAGUCUGUGUCAGUGAUCAUCAACGCUCUGACUCUGCUGGAGGUGGGACAGGUGUCUGUGUACAGUUUUGGUGAACAGGUGCAGCUGCUCCAUCCGUUCCAACAGCAGUUUAAUGACGAGUGUGGAGCUCGGAUCCUCAGACUCUGCCAGUUCCAGCAGAGGAAGACCAGGAUUGGACAGUUUUUGGAGACUUCAACCAAAAUGCUUCUAGCAGCUCGACAGCAGAUUCCAGGAUCCACAGCCUCAGAAACAGCCCAGCUGCUACUCAUCAUGUCAGACGGCAGGGGUCUUUUCCUGGAGGGGAAGGAGCGAGUGAUGGCCGCUGUACGAGCAGCACGCAAUGCAAAUGUGUUCAUCAUCUUCGUGGUGCUCGACAACCCUAACUCCAGAGACUCCAUCCUGGACAUCAAGGUGCCCAUAUUCAAAGGUCCAGGAGAGCUGCCGGAGAUCCACUCGUACAUGGAAGAGUUCCCAUUUCCCUUCUACGUCAUACUGCGAGAUGUCAACGCAUUGCCGGAGACACUGAGUGAUGCUCUCCGACAGUGGUUCGAACUGGUCACAGCAUCCGACCAGUGACUAUCCGAGGACUGAACAGAUGAUGUGCAGCUGUACAUGUGCCUUUCUUUCUGGUCCCUCUUGUCCUUUGGAGUAGACUGUAGAGUUUGAUAGCAGUCUUUGCUGUCUGUCUUUGUAAUCAGGGGAACCCUCUUUCUUUUUGUGUUGUCAUGAGGAUUGCUUUCACUUGCACGUCCGAGAAAGCGGUAGAAACAAAAUGUGAUUCUCUUUGUUGUGAAUGGACUCAAUGAAGUCAGUAAAUACCUCUGUCCCUGUACUAUACCCCCUCCCCCCCAUCAUGUCUGUGGAUGUUUUAGUCAUUCAUGUGCAGUGAGAACACGGAGCUGACAGCUGUAUGGCCGUCACAGGACUCAUAAUGUGCCUUGGAAAGGAGGAAAAUAAAAUAGUACUGCAUCUCACAUUUACACCAUAUCUGCUCUUCAGUGAAGCAUAGUGGGAGCGUGUCCCAGCUCUCAGGAUCUGAAAUGAAUGAGAAGCACAGGACCAACUGGUUCACCCUUGGACACUGAGAGCUAUUUUAGUGACACACAUCCUCACCACCUUCAAUAAGAGUUAAGCUGACGUUUUCUCACCUCAGUGUUCUGUAAUGAGGACAUUCAUACAAGUCAAUGUCAGAUUGAAAAGAACCACAUCUAUCAGUUAAACCAUGUCACUGAUGAGCCUGACAAUAAACUGUUUACAAGGCUUCUGGCUUUGACUUUUAUACAUAAUACACAACAGUCCUUUAACACACCCUUCUAAUGUCCGUUAUGGAAAAGAAAAUGAGGAACAACUACAUGCACUCCACUAUAUUUGUAUAAGAAUCUGAUGUCAUAUUCAGCUGAGUUUUUCAUCCAGUCUGACAAGUGAAAAGCAUGCAUCUCUAAAUGAAGGGUGAAAUGUUCCUUUUGAAUCAUGUUUCUUCAUGUGAAAUAAAACAAUUUUGUGGAAAAUG